CAACUAGCUUUCAAUUCAGAAAUCACGGGAUAUUUUCAAGAGAAAUUAGUGAACAAGUAAACCACCACACAUGUAAACAUGUUGACACAUUAAAUUGGCCGGCAAUUAGCAGCCAAACCAAAAAAAUUGAGUUGUCAUAUAAAUAGAAGUCCACAUUAUUAAUUAAUUGGAGAAAAACAUAAGCGCGAUACAUCAAAAGAUUUACUCCAUAAUUUUAUAAGAUUACAAACCUAACUUAUCAAAUUAGUCUUAUCAAAUACAUAAGAAUUAUUCAACCCUCAGAAAACUAACAUUAUAUUGCAUGAUACACGCAACUUAUUAAUAAAUGAAGAAAACGAGUUAACACGCAUUUUCAGAUCAUUAUCGCUAAUUCACUAUUAUGAAGAAUUUAUCGCCCUGUCUAAAAACAAAAAAAAAAGGAAAAAAAGAAGAAGUAUUCAACAAAAAUAUAACAUAUAUUAGCAUCAUAUAUGUACUAUGAAGUCUCCUCUCUUCCAAAGGUUUAGGGAGCUAAGGAAGAAAUUAUCAAGUCAUUCAUGGAUAAACUGAGUUUCAUUAUUGGAGUUAUAGGCAACAUAAUCUCAGUGCUUCUCUUCCUUUCUCCUUUAAACACUUUCAUUCGAAUUGUGCGGAAAAAAUCGACAGAUGGAUUUGAAAGUAUGCCAUAUGUGUGCACAUUGCUGAGUACAUGUUUAUGGACUUACUAUGGAAUUAUAAGGCCUGGGGCUCUUCUUGUUGCCACUGUGAAUGGGUUUGGAGCUCUUGUGGAGCUUGUCUAUGUAGCUUUAUUCAUCACCUUUGCUCCUCCAACAAUGAAGGCUAAAACUGCCAAACUUGCGGCAAUUUUGGACGUGGGAUUUCUUGGUGCCGUAAUACUGAUUUCAAACUUAAUGUUGGAAGGUGAAACGAGGAUUAAUAUGAUAGGUACAAUUGGCGCUGGCCUUAACAUCAUUAUGUAUGGCUCUCCUCUUGUAGCCCUGAAAACGGUGAUAAAAACUAGAAGCGUGGAAUAUAUGCCUUUUUUGUUGUCAUUGUUCUCAUUUUUGAACGGAGGAAUAUGGACAGUGUAUGCUGCUCUUGUCAAGGAUUUCUUUCUUCUGGUACCAAAUGCGAUUGGAUUUAUUCUUGGAACGAUUCAGUUAGUGGUCUAUGUUUGUUACAUGAAUCCAAGCAAAGAGCAGCAAUAUAAUGAUCCCCUUAUCUAUUGAGAAUCAUUAGAUUAUUGUAUACAAGUAGUACUUCAUUGCAAAUUUUCAGGCUAGAUUCAUUCAUUAAUACUGCUGUAUUAGUAUGACUUAAAACCUGUAAAAAGAUUUUGUAUAUAAUAUUAUCGUUAGAUUUGUAACACUAUCUAUUUGUUGAGUUUGUCUUGUAAGAGACUGUCUACUUUUAAAUUAAAAUUAAGCAAUGGUAAGCCUAAUAUUAAAAAGAGAAU